UUCCGAUGCAUGUUUGGUCUAUGGUGUAGCGCUUAGAGAAUAGUGAAAAAUAUUCGAAUUUUAAAUUUGUUUGCAUAUCAGUAAGCACACAGAAAAUGGACGACCCAGAACUUCAGGCUAUCCGCCAGCAGCGUCUUCAGCAAAUGCAGGGCGGAAAUCCCGAGCAGCAGAAGGCGAAAGAGGAACAGAUGGCCGCCCAGGAGGAAAUGAAGAACUCGAUGCUCUCACAAUUGCUAGAUCAGAAUGCCCGCGCGCGACUGAACACCUUGAAGCUAAGCAAACCAGACAAGGCUCAAAUGGUUGAAGGUAUGAUCAUUCGGAUGGCGCAGAUGGGACAAAUCGGCGGCAAGCUGGACGACGCCUCGCUGGUGAAGCUGCUGGAAAGUCUAAAUCAGCAGAUGCCUCGCAGCACUUCUAGCGUUAAGUUUGAUCGACGACGAGCGGCUAUGGAUUCGGACGAUGACGAUGAUUACGGGAUUUGAGAGCAGGAUGGAUCGACCAUCCUCCUGGUCGGGACGGAAGGAUGUUUGUCGAGAGAAAUUGUGAAUCGAACUUACUAUUACUAUUCAAAUACAGUUAGCAAGCUCGUCGAAUACUCACGUUAUAGCAUAGGCUGAAGGCCAUUUAGAUAGGACGGGCAGUUAACUUGAUUUCGUGUAACAAUACAAGCCGCUUGCUAACAACUAUGCGCCAUUUGAUUGUUUGCAAUAAACUUUUGAA